GGAUGAGGUUUUAAGCAGUCCGAGUGGCUGCAAAAUAAAGGCAAGAGUGACAAGUGUUUCAGUAAUUUUGCUGUCGUGAAAUUUAUGCUGACAUAACUUCAGGAAUGUGUACACUACUGGUGCUUUUUCUCAGCACUAUUGUGCUGGGCUCCGUGUCAGCUGGAGGUGUGUAUUGCGCAAAAACAGCAAGAGCCCGUGCAGCUGCGUUGGGUUUGCCUUAUCCUGGAGUCCACGGAGCCCCUGAUCUCCACACACCAGCUCACCACGAAAUGCAUCCCCAAUCUUAUUAUAAGAAUGAUCACGAAUUGGCAGAGACUGAACCUAACAUGGCCACCUACCUACAACAUCAGCCAGGAGGAAGCCCCUUCGACGAGGCAAUGCAUAAACGAGCUCACCCCAGGAGUCCUGACAGAUUCCUGCUGAGCCACGGUUCUUACAGUCCAAGUGAAUACAUCACGGACCGAGAGCUCGUCUUUCCUAGAGGACAGUGGGAUAGUGACCUCACGCCCACUUUUGAGGAAGUCAAGCGUGUUGCCCUGUCAACACCGGCUGAAGCCCCCAGCCAGGCUGACCUUGUGAAUUGGGAUCCUCAAGGUCGCUACAAGCCGUUCUCAUUUGUCUACAAUGAACAUGACCUUGCAGUUGAUGAGUCUGGCCCAAAUAGACAUGGCAUGUCUCUGAGUCGGCUCCGGCUGCCCCAAAGCAUGGCAAGCAGGGGUCACGGCGCUCACCAGAAGGAUCCGAGCCGAUAUGUCCUUGGUUCGCCGCAUUUUAUCAACAAAGGAAGCGGCGGAGCGACGCCCGGCCGAGGUCCCGCGUUUGGUCCUGGGGGGAGAAUCGGAUUUAGCAGCCAACUUGCUCAGCAUCCACACAGAAGCCUCAAUGUCAAACCGUUUGUUCAAGAGUGCCAUCUGUUGGCUGUGGCCGGUAGAGGACACUUUGGCUCACACUGCUUCACACAGGUGCUGCUUAACAGAAGGUCAGCCUUUGACAAAUCCCAUAAUCUGUUUACAGUCUGUUGUUUGCAAGGACUACUAGUGGCUAUGCUAAUUUCUCCAAAUAGCCUUCCCCGGACUCUUGGUGGUGGCCUGGAAAUUCCAAUGGAGAGAAAGAGUCGCUAAAAUACGGAUUUGGAUCUUGAAAUUGGUCUGAAUAACACCUUUUAUCAUGAAGUGAUUCUUUUUGUAAUGCAGAGCACGAGCUCGAAGAACAAGUGCAUUUUCUGCCCAAGAUUAAUUGAAGAAAAGCUUCACAUUUUAGCCUCGGGCUUUGAUUGCUUCCUAAGUGUUUUAGCACAUGAAACGGUAGGCGGGUAAGGUUAUACACUGAUUGACCCAUAAAUCAAUCAAUCAGUGGCUGGAGAGUUGGGAGAGGCGGUUAGGAGCGCUCAUCCAGAACGGGAAUAAGGAAAUGAGUGACGGAACAAAGUGAAGCAAUCAACUGUUUAUGGGGAGGAGGAAGGAGGCAGUCAGGUCGCAGCCAUACAUCAUAAAGGACUUUACAUUGGGCAGGAAAAAGUGGGCCGUUCAGUGGCAGCAGGCGCUUAGUCUGAUGCCUGUUUAGAGACCACACAUUUGGUGGUCGCACCUUGCGUGUUGGAACACGCAACGAGAAUUCAUUCAGAAUGUUUCAAAUGUCGUACAGCCACCCUGUAAUUGUUUGCCUCUUUACCCUCGAUCAAUGACUUAAUGACCCCUAGUAGAGUUUCUCAGUGCACACAGAACUAUCAGCUGUAUUUCACGUCACUUACUCCACGACCUGUUAAUAAAGUUACUGACAAAUA